AUAUGUGGACAUUUCCAAGCUGCAUGUGCAGUCAAGUAUUUAUAAUAAUAUGGUUACUUGCGGAAAUGCUUGUAAUAUUCCUGUGGAUGAGCCAGCAAAAUAUGAAUCCGAUUGUGAAAUUGAAAAUCAUCCAGUAAACAUCAAUGGUGGAGGAGGGGCUCAAGCUCAGCUACAACCACCGACUCCCACUAUUAGGUUAAUUUUAAAUACAGCUG